CUUCCAUCUUCUAAAGCUCCAUAAAAGUCUUCAAUUGCUCGCACCAUCUCUACAUAAAAGGGAAUAAGAACAAGAGAAAAGAAACGAGAGGGCAAGACGGAAAGGCCGCUUCUCAAUCUUUUUUGUUUGUUAGUUUGUCUGUAGUCAUUUCCUUAUUUGCAUUCGACAAUACCAUCGCCAUGGAGACGAACGUUUGGGCCAAGCUGUACUCUGUCAUGGCAACGCACAAGGUGCAGCCAAACAGUACGACGCCACAGAUACGAUUCGGCAAAUGCUGGAAAGCGGUCCAGAAUGGAUUCUCCACACCUGCGAAGCGUAGUCUUCACGUUCAACAAACAGAGAUCCCGAUGCGGUUAAAGAACAUGGUAGAUCUUCUUGUAGGCGAAGAGUCAGGCCUAGGUGAUGCAGGGGCAACAGGCCCUUGCAUGGAAUAUCUGCUCAAGCAUGAUGUCCUUGCCGUGCUAGUCAAUAAUUCAGAAGGCGAUCAACCUAAAGGUAUCAUGGGUGAGACCAUCAGAACCAUUGCAUCCAUGAUCAACCUAUUGGAUGACCGGUUUCUAGUCCACAAUGCGGUCCACAAACCCACUGUCAAAUUGCUGCGGACAUGCGCGUCAGGAACUGAACCACAGGGCGAGAGUUAUCAUGAAGACUUGAUCGAGCUCAUGUACAACAUUUGCUCUAAAAUCCAUGGAUAUCCCGAGCUCCUUAACAUCUUUUUCCAUGACAAGCAAUGGCUCACCGUCCCUCAGAGAGUUGCUGCAAGGCGGAUUCAAAAAAACCUGGAGACAAUGGAAAUGCUAAAAAAUUUACGAGUAUCUACUAGUGAAGGUUCAUCAGAGGAAGAGCUAAAAACAAAAGAACAUGAGGUGUCAUCUUUAGACCAGGAAUCAGCAAUCGGGCGAGGAAAGGGAUCCCCAAAGUCAUCAAUAACAUCCACAGAAAACACGCAUGCUAUUCCCCAAGUGGCCCCAACCCCUAAGAGUGAUUAUGAAUUUCUUUUAUUCACUUACCUCUCGAAGUUUGUACAUCGUGAAGGCAAAGGUGGUGAUUUUGCAAGGACUGGUCUACUCUUCAUCAUGGAGCUCGCCACUGGGUCAUUGGGAGAGUAUAUCAUGGAGACAGACUUCACCUCAUUUUUGAGCGCAGGCGUUGGAGCUUCAUAUUCUCAGCUGCCACGUAAGCUGCUUGUCCGAGGUGGUCCCAACAUCAUUAAUAGCAUGGUUGGCACUCUAAACGAUCGCAUGCCGCCAACGGAAUCGGCCCUAUCCAGGAGAGCCGAUAUUGAAGUGUCUACCUCAACUGACUUUCAAUCCAGACUGGAUGCCUUCUUGAAGCUUCUUGAAUUCUGUCAAGAUAUCAUGAUGCGCUGCCCCAAUAGUGAAAUAGUGAAAUCACUCCUAGUCACAUUCAAGGCAGUUUUUCUAGAAAACAUUUUGUUUCCAUCUAUCAUGGAAUGCUCCGAUAUGGAUGGCAGCUCUGUUGCCGUAAUAAGCUAUAUUGAUUUGAUUCUUCAGGUACUGGAGCACGAGGCUUUGGUUGAUUUGGUUCUUGGGUUCCUGAUGUCGUCUGAGGACGAUGACAAUCGUGCCAAGGCCACUCCACAAAAUUUGGACGAUGCCUUUGCCGAGGUGCAGAAUCUACAAAAAACAUCACCCUAUUUCACUGCCACCAACCGUUUUACACUUAAGGAUCUGAUCCUGUCGCGUCUCAAAUCCCGAUCUCAGCCAACUGUCAUUGCAACAUUGAAGCUCUUAAACACCCUCAUCACUCGCCACUGCAAAUAUUCACUCAAGUUGCUCAGCAUUCAACUAGAUAACAAGGCUACAUCCUUCCGUGACUUACCAGGUCAGUCGAACUUGCAGGAUACAGAGCUGCCGCUUAUCAACCACCAUAUCCACGAACUUGAUCUCUUUUACGCCCUCAUCUCUACUAUCAACCCUCGCAAUACUUCUGAAGUUUUCUGCAAUGGAUAUGAAUCGUAUCUGCGGGAUGCUGAGGCUGCAAUCGAGAUGCAUCAAUGCUUUUUGAGGAGCAAAGAGAUUGAUGGUAGUGAGGUGACUCCUGGUCAAAUGUCUGCUCUGGAGCACAAGAAACUUCGGCGUCGCAGUAUGAAAUAUGGACAAAAGAUGGACCUUCCUGAUGAUUUGUCCGGAGAGGCUUUCAUUCGUGACAAAGAAAAGAAUGUGGAGAGCAAGGCAGUAUUUGACAGCUGUGAUAAACCCAAAUCACGCCCUGCACCUAUGCAUCGCCUUCUUCCCACAGAUCCCCUGCUGCAGAUCUUACUAGGAAUCCUGUCACACUUUUUCGCCCAUAGCGUGGAAUUGAAUCUGGCUCUGACUGGUGUCAUUACCUCCCUGGCUGUGUGUCCAUACCGAUCAUUGGAAGGUUGGCUUUUGUUCAAGAGUUCUGAUGUGAGGGAAAUAAGAGAGAGUGAAAUGUUUACCACGGAUCCCAGCGCUCAAGGAGAGACCCCUACAGGAACUCAGUUCGAACUUGGUGAUUCGGAGGACGAAGACACGCUACCUUCGUAUCUGGCUCGAAACAACAGUACUAAAUUCAAUAAAGCCAGUGCUGAAGCUACAUUCCAAGCUGAGGAAGCUUCUAGCGUCACUCCCUUCAAGUCAUUCCCUCCUUUCUUCACCAUGCUCAAGACAUUGACACAGCAAGUUGACUACUAUCGCAGUGAAAUCGAUGGGUUUGAUGAUUUCUUAACAGAUCGACGUCGCACCUUACUGGUCGCAACAGAGCUCAACAGCGCAAUCCACAGUCCAGGACUGGCGGACCCGUAUCCCGCCACGGACUACUAUCAGCAAUCUCACCCGAGUGCCCCCUUUGGAUCUAACGAAUCUUUUGUCAACAAGGCCGCAGGGAGCGGAAUUAGGUCAGGAGCAGGGACUCCAAAUAUGCCAACAGGAUCACCAAACAACAUGGCUGGAUUCAUGAGUCCACGUUUCACAGGAUCAUCAAACGUGCAUAACAUUAUGCCUCGCACCAGCAGUCUUCCGCUGCAUGAAGCAGCGCAGGCUUCAUCGUCUCAUCCACUUAAUACUACUCGACCAAGAAAGAGCAGUUCACCAGUCAGUCUGAUGUCGUCGCCCUCCAACAUGUCCUUUUUAGACCCCUCUAGCGCUAAGUGGACAAUGGGAAAGCCUUCUAACAAUGUUACAUCCAGUAGUAGUAUAAACACAAGCAACAGUACUUUGUUCCAGGGCAGAGCAGACUCAGAUAUGCAACACGGGGGCAGUGCAUCUACCACAGCAUUGCCAAUCCCAACCCAUCCAUCACGAGCAACAACAGUAUACUCUGCUUCAGCAUCCUCAUACUCGUCCUCUGUCCAAUCAUCAACUUCCACGCGAAAUACAAUGGCUAGUGGAAUGGUGGGUGUUACUGGCGAGGCGGUCACAUCAGUAGCAGGCACUCAGCCUUCGUCAUGGGGAUCUUUCGGAUCGAAACCCAAUCCUGUCCCUAACCCCAUACUCCUCAAAACCAUGGAAACUAUGAUGAUAAAGCCUCUGUUCCCAGAUGGGUUUGUGAAUGACUCGGACAGCGAGGCCGAAGAAAUGGAUGAACUAAGUGAGGAAGGCGACAAUACUGAGGAUGGUGCUACUGUAACAACGGAAGAUGGAAGUAGCUCAAAGAGUUCAAAACGUCCGAGUCGUAAGACGCGUGAUCCAUCAACCAGCUCCAUUGGCAUUGAUACAGCUGAUUCUCAGCAGCAGCAGCAGCAGCAGCAGCAACAGAGCGCCCAUCGUAAAAAGACUGUGACAUUGGGUCAGCUACUGACAAAUGUGGUGAUCCUGGAAGAAGUGGUCAAGGAAGUUGUGGCAGUUGCGCAGGUGCGUAGAGGUCUGGGUGUGGAUAAGGUGCGAUUUUUGUAGAUCAAGACAGAACAACAACAUCCAGAACAGG